AUGAAACAAGUCUAUAACAAAGUAGUUUUUGCGGUCGACGAAAUCGACGUCAGUUAUCGAAUCCAUCUCUGCCGUCUCUGUAAAGCCGUUCAACACUCGAAGUCGAUUGGAGACCUGUUGAUGACGUACUGUGGUGGAAAUGGCUUGGAGUUGGAUGGGAAAAGUGAUCCAAAAUCGCAACCCCGGCCUCUCGAAACGAAUGGCAAUGAGAGGGAAACUAGGAGCAACAAGUUGAAAAAAACAAGAAAGGCUGAUGAGACUGACAAUUCAUUAGAGAUCAAUAGGAAUGAUGGUGCAUCUACACAUAAGGCAAAGGCACACAGAAGAGAUGAUGUUGGUCAGUUAGUUAAAAUGAAUUCUGACGUGAAGGCUUCGAAGAAAAAUCAGACAGGACCAAUCAAGGUAGAACACAAUGAAACAGAAAUAGCAAAUAAUGCUGCAGGCAAGCGUAAGCGCGACAGCAAGAAGAAUAUUGUGGAAAAGCAGAGCAAAGGUUCCUCAAAUCAAAUCUCAUUGCCUCUUGGCAUUGAAUUAACAAAUGUUGCUAACAUUGACAUGCCUGCUGAGGAUAUCGGGGAUGCCUUGCAAUUCCUAGAAUUUUGUGAAGCUUUUGGACAGGCUCUUCAUCUAAACAAAGGUCAGCCUGAAAGCUUACUUCGAGAUUUAGCUGGCUUUUCUAUCCUAAACACAACUUUUUGCAGAUGUCCCUCAAAAACUGGAGUUGGAAAUUCAUGGUUGCAACAUCUUAGUAAAUUUAUCUCCGAAUCCCAGUGUCCAUCUAAAGAACUCCUGUUGGAUAGUUGGAAUGUGGACGCCAAUGGAUAUGAAGAGUUGAACUCCUCAAGAAGGCUCAGACUCCUUAAUUUUCUAUGCGAUGAAGCUCUUGGCACAACAGUUAAGAGCUGGAUUGAUGAAAAAAACUCGGAAUUUGUUGAAGAAGAGAAGAAAAAAGCACUUGCUGAGAAACAGACGGAAAAGAACAUGAAGAAGAGACUGCAGGAUGAGGUGGCUAGAGCUAUUCUCCUUAAAAAGGGUGCUCCUCUUUCCAUUUCUGAGAAUGAUAAUCUUAUCUCAAAAAUAAAAGCAGAAGUGGCUCAAACUCUUGCAGAGACACUAGAAGCAACAACCAUAGGGAUGAAGAAAAUAAAUAACUAUGAAGGAAAAUGCAGGAGAAGAGUUGGCUGCAAAGCCGGUAUUGGUGGACUGCUUCUAGAGGCUGUGGCAUCAGUGGAGCAGCAACGAUGGGGUUGA